GACAGAAAUGACAGAUUUUAAUUUGUAAGUCAUUGUUGAAUUUUGUACACAGUAAAAGAGAGUGACUCGAAGAUAUUUUUCUUAAAAUGAGUUUCGCAUUGCCUUCUGUUAAACCGAGGACAACGGUACCGGACAGUUUUAGUAUCCAAGAAGACUCUUUUGGAGGACAUGAUUUAAUGAGACAUGGGCUCUCCUCAAUUAAGCAAAAUACACAAGAAUCACAUCCUUUGGCAUCUCAAAUUAAGAAUGAAGAAAAUAAAUACAAGAUGAAUAUGACAGUUCUUCGUAACAUUCAAGGGAUACACGCACCCCUUCGUAUUGCCGUUGAAAUGAAAGCAGCCAAAAAAAUAGGCAGGCUGCCUUUUCUGCCAUCGUCGAAUAUUAUGCACGAUGUAUUAACUGGAAAUGAUUUUGAUAUUGGGCCAAAAGACGUAUUCAACACUUCAGAAUUUAUGGAAUUGUCUGGCCAGCCUCAUGCUGUCAUGGAAAAAUCAUUAGGAAUAUUGUAAAAUUAGUAUUUUGUACUUUAAUAAACCCUAUAAGCUA